AUGUCGGUCGCAGCUAUGGGAAGUCAAAUCACUCUCAGCGCUCUUCAGAGUCGAUGGGCGGUGGUCGGAUCCACCGGCAAGUGGUAUUCCCGCCGGGCCAUAGUCGGCUACGACUACUUCCUCACACUUGAUCACGAGAUUCAAUACAUCUGGAAGAGGAAGAUCACGAGUGCAAGCGUGAUCUAUAUCGUCAUACGUUACUCCUCAUUGAUCGCCAACGUCCUCACGCUCUUCAAUUUCUUUCCUUGGCCGAGGAAGUCAACAACAAUGUAUGCACCUGGCCGCGCCUCUGCCGUCAUUAUCAUGUCCUCCGCGGUGUUCUCGUCACUGCGAGCGCACGCGCUGUGCCAACGCAAACUCAUUUCCUACCUUGUUUUGGCGUUAGGCGCUGGUAAUGCCGUUCCCUCGGUUUAUGGAGCGAUCAAGAAUAAGGUCAUCUACAACCCCGGAAUCAACGGCGUCGACGGCGUCUGCGACGUGGAUUUCUCGCACUUUAUAUCCUUCCGCAAGUGGGGGUCAGUUAUCACUUCCUCCAUAGGUGUUCUAUACUUCGUUGCACUCCUCGCCGUCAACGUCACGAACCUUGCCUUCAUCAACAACAUCCAGGUGACGCUGCACCUCAUGCGCGUGAUGCCUCCAAAGCUGAUGUUUUCUUUCCAGCUCUCGCUCGAUUUCAUCGGUGCUCUGAGCGCCACGGCGGCGGUGCUGACCUGCCGCUUCAUCCUCGACUUGUUCGAGGCGAGCACGAGGACACGCUUCGGCACUGGCCCCACAAUACGCCUCUCCGCCAUGCCCAGCAUGGUACCCUCGCGCUCGCUCGCGUCCCGACACUUCGGCGGUCUCAGCGCCGCUGGAAAUUCUCAAGCAAUUUUCGACGGGGGUGUCAGCCGGCGCAAGACAGAAGACAGCGAGAGCGUCUACUGCACCACGGACGACUACGAUUUCGAGCUCCACUCUGUGAACCCGCAACAACGAAAAUCGGGUGUGCACCCAUCGGACUCGUGA